CGGCGCGCGGGCCGUGCCGUUGCCAUGGAGCCCGACCCGCGGGGCAGCUGCGUGCUCAGUAACCUCGCCGAGGUGGUGGAGCGGAUCCUGGGCUUCUUGCCGACGAAGGCGCUCCUGAGGGCGGCCUGCGUGUGCCGCCUGUGGAGAGAGUGCUCGCGCCGGAUCCUGAGAAGCCAGCAGAGCGUCGUCUGGGUUUCCACAGUGGAACCGGGGCCGUCAAACAGCCAUGCUCUGGUCCAGGUGUUAGCCGAGGAGCUUGAGAAGGUUCACGUGCUCCCCCAGACAGUACUCUACAUAGCAGACGCAGAGACCUUCAGUGGGCACGAGGAGAGCCAUGGGCACGGGCAGAAGAAAGCACGGAGAAAGAAUAGCACGGAAAUCGCCACUGCGUUGGAGAAGCUAUUACCAAAACGAUGCCAAGUCCUCGGCCUAGUGACACCUGGAGUUGUCGUCACCCCAAUAGGCUCUCGCAGCAAUCGGCCUCUGGAGAUAGAAGACGGAGAGGCUGGUUUUGCAUUACUCUUCCCCAAGAUCGAUGGGGUGAAGAUUCAGACCUUCCACUUUUUUAAAGACUUGAAGAGCAGGGUCCUUGAUGAAAGCCAGUUUGCUGAAGCAGGCCUGAAGAAUAACCCAGACCUUAGAGUGGUGCUUCUCUUUGGGUACAACACCUGGAAGACGGGGUCCACACGGUUUCUGCAGCAAAUAGUGAAUCGCCUGAAUGAAAAAAGCAUAGUCUUGGCUGGGGGACACGUGGAGAGGUUUACGUCCCCAACGUCUGAAAACAAGACUGCCUGGAGCCCUUACCCUUCACUGUCCUGAAAGGAAACCCAACACUGGAAAUUAGUACAUGGAAUUGUGUGUCUUCAAGUGAAUAUUUUUAGUAAGUGAAUCAACCUGCAUUCAAAUCUAUUUUUCCAAGGCUUGGGGGAGAGAUAAGGAUCAUCAUUCCAGAUUGCUCUCAGAAUUUAAGAGCAAACUUUCCCUGCUACAGGUACGAGGUUAUCCAGAGCAAACAAAACUUGAAACAUAAGUUUUAGAGAAAAUCAUUCUAAAGAUACUCUUUCCAACAGCUACUUUUCUGGGUUAAUAUACUGUUGUUUUUAAAAUGUUUGAUUAUGAAUUCACAUUCACUGUAAUCUAUACCUGUCUGCUCAGAGAUAAGCUGCAGUGAAUUUACAGAGAGAAUUGUAGCCGGGGGAAUUUUCACUAAAAAGCUGCUCCUGUCCUCAGACAAGCAGCAUUCGAUUAUUUAGAAAAUAACAGUAAGUUUAAAGUGACUUACUUUCAAUAUUUUAAUUUUUACAUGUCAUACUUGUGAACUGACUUCACCCCCAAAACAUCUAGGUUGAAAUUGUGCUUUAUAUGUGUACAUACAUAUACUAAUUUGGUUGCAUCCUGUUACUAAAUCAAUCAGUAAGUCUCAGGUGGGUUGUGAAUGGAAGAGUCUGUACUUGAGCUCAAAUUCAGCUUCUUUACUUGAAUUAAUUUAUCUGUCCUGAAAAACAGGACCAUGCCAAUGCUAUCAAGGUGAAAUGUUUGAAAUAAUUUUCCUCAUUCUAACUGGCUGGCAGAGCAAAGCAUAGCAAACUGCUUCAUUAAAAGGUGAAAGAGUUCUGUACUUACAAUAUUAAUAUUAUCAGACAAUGACGGUUCUUCCAAGGAGGUCCCGUCCUUUACUGAGUCUUUGUGUGUCCUGAUACUGUAACAGAAAAAUGACACGACCAUCUCUGCAUGAUGUAAAUGCACUCACAAUUCGCCUCAGUGGCUCCUUUCUAGACCCGCAUGCUCUAUCAGCUCCACACAUACAUAAGGAAAUUGUGUUAAAAGAGUAAGUGGCGCCGACAAAAAGCCAACUCGAAGGGGCUUACCUGAAUGCUCAAAUCCCAAACUGCGUGCACAAAAUUGAAACUAAAACCAUGAACUUAAGGAUAAAGCACGGGAACAUUCAGCCGCAGCCUGGCAUUUUGCUCCUGAUACUUAAAGCUGAAGAUUUAUAUGAUAGUGCAACGUGGGUGAGGUUGAGACACAGUCAAAGGUGUGCACAGAGGCCAAGUCCCGGCCAGGAGAACCGCCCCUUUGUUCCGCCAGAAUUGCAUGCAUGUCACUCCAGCAGCGCUUUGAUCAUAAAGCGAAAAUGCUCUUCCAGUUACUUUUGUUUGAACUUUGUAGCCGCUCCCAAAUAGCAACAUAAACAGAAGAAAGCAACUCUGGUUCCUCAGGCAAAUUCAAUAUACCAUUAAUUUGUCGGAUACUAAUACAGUCUUUCUCCUCUUAAAAGUUCCAAACUAUUUUGCCAGUCAAGAUAGCGCAUUCCAUGACCUACAUUUCAAAUUGGCUUCUGUACCCACAUUGAUUCUAUCUAUGUAUAUUUACCUAUAUCUCAAACUCAUUCCCAUAAGUGAUUAGAUCUGUGAAAUUGCCCUCGGGGCAACCUAUUGCCCAAGUGUUAUUUAUGUGACAAUGCGGAUAUCUUUACCACUGGUUUGUCACAUUUUUCCUUUUUCCGAGAAGACAUACCCAGACUCUGAGACAUAAAUUUUAAAUGUCUUGGGUAGGAAGGAUAGUUUAAUCGUGUGUAGAGCACAGUCAGAACCAUUAGAAACAACGAGAGUCUUUGCAAAUUAAGUCAAUGGGAUAUGGCUGCAACAUUUGAUUUCCCUGCUGUUGGAGAAUUUAUUUUUCUCAAUAAAGAAUUUGGAAUGUAGCUUGGCUGGUGUCAGGGAUAAGGAGAGAGAAACCUGUAAAGAAGGAAGACAACAUGUAUAUGUUACUGGGAAGGUUAGACAGCUGUGUCAAAUGCUGACAUAUGAUUUUGUUUCCUUUAGAAAAUCGUUCCUACAUGAGUGCUAGUUUUUACGACUUUAGCAGAAAUCGCAUUUCCAGGUUUAGGGAAGUUCUGUAGGCUUAGAAACAGAACACAUUUUUGGCACGCUGGAGGUUGCAAGAGCAAUCCAACAUCGUUAGGUAAGAAUGGAAAACUCCCUGUAUAGUAGUCAUUUUACUAUGAGAUAAACACAGACAUAAUAAUGACUCAGUUGUCUGACUAUUUCAGAUAUCUUCUUAUAUUCUUACAGAUCUACAUUUUCAGGGUUUCUUUGGAAUACAUUUACACUCAUUUUUGGAAGAGAAUUUUUAAGGAAGGAUUAUACAAAAGUUACCGCACUAUUAAAACCUCCAGUUAUUUAUAAUGUAACUGGAGUGAUCCAAUAGACAGGCGAUUUGGUGACCAUCUGCUUUGAUUUCCAAAAGCAUUUUGACAAAGCCUCUCACUAAAACUUGCCAAGCAAACCUGGUAGUUCCGGAAUAAGACAAGAGGAUCACUAACAAAGGACAGAAAGCAAAGAGCAGGAAUAAAUGGUAAAUUUUCCAAUGGGGGAAGAUAAACAGGUUCCCACAGGGGUCUGUACUCAGACCUGUGCUUUUUAACCUGUUUAUAAAUUAUCUGGAAUUACGAGUGAGUGAAGUGGCCAAGUUUGCCGAUGACAUCAAAUUAUUUAGGGUGGUUAAAAGAAAAGGGGAUUGCAAAGGGUUCCAAAUGGAUAUCUUCAAAUUGAAAGAAUGGACAUCAAAAUGGCAAAUGCAGAUCAAGAUAAUCAAGUGUAAAAUGAUGCACAUCAGCACAAAAAAACCCCCAAUUUCAAGUACAAGUACAAGUUUGUUUGGGAUCUAAGCUGUCAUGACCGUUCAAGAAAGAGAUCUUGGGGUCUUGGUAGAUGGCUUGAUGAAAAGAUCUGUAUGAAAAAGGGCAAAUGCCAUGCUAAGCAUAAUUAGGAAAGGAAUUUUUAAAAACCUGCCAAGAUCAUACUCCUCUUAUGCAAACCUUUGGUGUGACCACACUUAGAGUAACUGUGCACAAUUCUGUUCACACCACCUAAAAAAAGAAUAUUGUAGAGCUGAAAUGGGUGCGGAGGAGGACAAGGAAAAUGAGCAAGGGACUGGAAAAACUCUCCUAUGGUGAAAGGUUAGCCAAUGCUCUUUGGGUGGUUAACGAAACGCAAAAUCAAACGAAAAUUUAAAAGACACACACAUGCACAAACAUUAAUUCAAAAGAACAGAACCAGAGUAACAAUCGCUCAGUACAGAAGCCUAGCAGCGGUGCAGAAUGAAAUGGAAUAUAUUUUAAAAGUUGAAAAGUUAGAUGGUCAAAAUAGAAAGUUCUUCACUAGGCACUGAAAAGAAUAUAAAGUAGGUGCCAAGAGUACCUCUUUGGGGGGUUUUAUUCCAAAACUGGGGUGCCCCAACUGAGAAGGCCCUCUUCCUGGUAGCUAGGGUGCAGGAGAAGGACCCCUGGGGAUGACCUCCAAGGUACAUGCUUGGCUACUUUCUGAUCCAACAUGCCUCUUUUUAUGUGAUCAUUGGCGAUGGCCAUGGAGACGUCUCUCUCUCAAUAAUCUUUCUCACAAACUGAAAACGAUUUAACAAAAGAAAGCCCUUUGGAUUUUGGCACCCCUAAGCUCUGCAUCUAUGCCCUGUUUCCCCAAUUCAGUUAAACAGAAGGAGCAGCUCUCUGUGUUUCCCAAACUUCUUUUUUUUUUCGUUCAACCUCCCGUGAAAUAAGCAGAGACAUUCAGCUGCACAAGAGAGCCUGUCAAGCUGAACUUUGGGUCCUUUGGUUCAUACAUCAGGACCGGGUAGGUCUGGGAGGAUGCUGGAGUGAAGGGAACAUCUUGAGCUCCCCUCUGGUAAUGGAGUAAUAAGAAUAAAUAGACAACACAAUAUUAAAGUGCCUACUGUUUAACCAUAGCCCUUUUGAAAUAAUCCAUGCCCAGAUACUGUAUCUUACUAUGAAAUGACAACAUACAUCAAAAAUACUCUUCUUUGUGCACUGGAUCCAGGACACAUGUCGUGGAUGAUCUCAGCUUUGCUGAACUGGAGGAAAAAUACAAAAUAGCUUCAGCAUCUACAGCAUCGCUGUUUUUAGGCACGAUGACCUAACGCCUCCCUAAGCUUAGAUGAAAUGUUGACCAAACCCUCAUUUCCCUGCCAAAGUACAUUCACUGUGCAAUUCCAUGCCUUAUUUAAAUGUGCUACAGCUUACAGCAUCUCUCUAGCAUUACAUUGCAUCCUAAAUGUAUUGCCCAUCUCUCGUUUUAGAGUCCACAGUUUGUGAUUUGGUUGCUGUCCCAGAUCUCAGCUGCAUCGUAUGUUAAUUCAUGGGAACCCAUAAAAUUAGGUGGUCUCACUGGAACCAGAGAGCUAAUGAAGUCACUCUGUCUUGCCCGUCUGUCCCACGGUGACAGGGCAGGAAGAUGCUAGAUUGUGAUCUCUUCACGAUCUCUAGGAAGUGUUUCUGCCUCCCCGUUGUCUAACAACCCACUCAUCCUAUUAAGUCAUGAAAUUUAAUGCUUGGAAGAAAAGCGGGAGUAGGUUUUUGGGUGAAAGGGCUCACGACUUUAGUCUUGAUAUUCGGCAGGGCUGAUUAUGUCCUCAUUACGCCAGCCAGUUCCAUAAUACGUCCACCCACCUAAGCCACUCCUUUGAUAGCUGGCUCUGAUCAGAGUUGUAUCUUGGAAAAUACAAAGUAUAUCCUGAAGACCUGAAGUCUGCUAAGCCCAGUGUUAAUUUAUGUUGAAAAAACUUGUUUCUCAUUUGGAUCGCCAUGUAGAUCACAUCUUGAGGAUGCUAAGCUUAUACUCAUGAGAUAAAGGUGUGUGUGUGUGUUUACACGUGUGUGUGCAGCGGGCGUCCUCAUUUAAAUUCUUGAAUUAGCAUCUGAUUCUGAAUGCCAAGAAUUUGUGUGUUUGUUUCAUCUUGGGGCCAUGGGGAAAGACUGAUGCCUGUGUGAACGAUUUAGCAAAUUAUGCAAAUUUAACAAAUUCUCCAGCACCUUCUCAAAUUUAAUAUACAUGGGGAUAUCUGCAUCUCAAAGGCCAAAUUUACAUGUUUCUUGCUCCCUGAUUUCAGAUGAAUUAAAAUAUUUGAGUUGGUUCCAAGUAAACGAUGACAUAAGUACUACCUGAUACCUGCUUCGUGAUAAAUAUUAUCCAUUAUCCUCCACCUUAAAGAAUCUCUGUUUUUUAUUAUCUCGUAAGUAGUUACAGGCUGUGUUUCCUGUCUGGCUAAGGGAAUAGAUCGUACAAUUUAUUUUCCAGCAUUCAUGCAUGCUAUGUUGAAUCCAUUUUUUUCAAGCAUCCUCUAGAAUACUGGAUAUAUUCAGCUGGUUGCAUGAGAGGAAAAAAGGUAUCGUACCUGUCCUUCAAGCUACUUGCAUUUUGGAUGUGCCGCCAUGGUAACAGCUCAUACAAACUAGAUCUUACUGUUUUGCAUUACAAAUAGGCAUGCUAUGCGAUGAAAAAAUGCAUACGUCACUAAAUCUCUCCCAGCAACUGAGCGAUUGUCUCAGAGAAACAUUUUCUUACACAGUGUAGGAAAUAAUCUCUCUAUCUAGAAAUGACAGGAUGACUCACUUUGUUUGCAAAAUGAUACCAUUUUACUUGGAACUUUGUCAUAAAAACAUGGGGACACAUCCAUUGACAUAGUCGAAGGAGCACUCGGGAGCUUAUUUAUUUAUUUAUUUCGAUUUAUAUCCUGCCUUUUUCCUACAAGGG